AUGGCCAGUUGCUGCCACGAGGAGUGCGCGGGGGGCUGCAGCGGCCCCCUCCGGACACACUGCUUCGCGUGCCGUCACUUCAACGACAGCGGUUCCUGUGUCCCGCUGUGCCCGCAGCCGCUCAUCUACAACAAGCUGACGUUCCAGCUGGAGCCCAACCCCGACACCAAGUACCAGUACGGGGGGGUCUGCGUGCGGGAGUGCCCCCAUAAUUUCGUGGUGGACCAGAGCUCGUGCGUGCGCGCCUGCCCCAACGACAAGAUGGAAGUGGAGAAGAACGGGCUGAAGAUCUGCGAGCCCUGCGCGGGGCUGUGCCCCAAGGCCUGCGAGGGCACCGGCGCCGGCAGCAAAUACCAGACCGUGGACUCGAGCAACAUCGACACCUUCAUCAACUGCACCAAGAUCCUGGGCAACCUCGACUUCCUCAUCACCGGCCUGGAGGGGGACCCCUGGCGCAACAUCUCGGCGCUGGACCCCGAGAAGCUGAACGUGUUCCGGACCGUGAGGGAGAUCACGG